AUGAGUGCGACGUCUCCGCGUCGCGGUCACCACCGCAAACGUCUAUCCGCCCUACGGCUUUCCACGGACUCAACGGUGACCACCCUCCCGGCGUACACUCGGUCUCCACCCUGGACGAACCAGAACGACCUCCUUGGAGUAGGGGACAUUUCGGACAGGCCGCCAGAAUAUCCUGACAGUGCGGACGAGGGAGACGAGGACACGGACACAGACGAGUCUCAGGUCGUGUACUUGCCACCUUCACCAUUGCUGCCGAGUUCCACACGUCGCGCACGUUUCUCCCAGCCAUCUCGCACUCGCAGGCGGCAAUCGAGCUCGGCUGGUGACCCUUAUCUAGACUCCUUAUUGGCGCGCAGCGUACACGCAUUGGAAAUGUCAAAUGCACUGCUCCAGUCAUCCAUGUCAACGCAGAGUAGCCUCUCAGCAGUUCUAGCGUCUGACUCUAUGGCAGACCGCUCCUUAGAGGCCCGUGCGCAAGUGUUGACGUCCAGAAUCAGAGGCAACAGAGAUCUGCACGAAACUUGGUUAGAGGACUUGGACGAGAUCUCGAAGAGUGUGGACGAUUUGGUUGGUGGGGCGGGAGAAGACAGCGCUAAGACUGUCGAGGGAGGUAAUACGAUGAGCAAGAGCCUGCCCUCCUCUGGCCUUGCUGCGGACCUGAAACCCUCGCGGAGACCCUCGCUAGAACUCCGCCAUGUAAGCGGCUCGCAGCUUCAGUAUUCCAAUCAUGACCGAAGUCACUUCGUUUCGCCUCCACCGCGAGCCCUGACCAUGUACGUAGACUCCUCGGGAGAUCCGAAUCUGAUAGUGCUUCCCCCUACCUUGGGUCAACGGACUACCUCGCACCUGCCUCCUACGCCGUUACCCUCCUCUGAAACACUGUCUGAGCCUGCGCAGGAGGCGUUGUCAGAACCUGCUGACCAGACGAGGAGGAUCGUGGAUGUGUUGUCGUCAUUUGUGGGCAUUGCAUCCUCUCGCCAACGCUCUGGAACGGCGUCGGCGUCGGCGUCGAUCUCAUCCUCCCCUCAACUGUCAUCCAGUAUCUCGACUCGGACAGGACGCAGCUCGAGCACCAGUUCGCGUACAAUCCGGCAAGGAAGGCAUUCCAAGUCACCGCCUGCGAAGCCGGCAUCGUCCCCUCCCAUCGCUUCUGGGAGUCGUUCAAGGUCCUUGACACCCAUGCGCCAAUCUUCUUCUCCUCGUAUGCCGCGCCCGAUGACACCCCCCAUCGAGGAGCUAUCAUCUUCAUCAGCAUCUUCUGAGUCAGAUACGCUGCACGUCGACCGCACGUUGGAGUCAUUACGCAGCAUCCUGGAAAGACAGCCUCCGAGAGAGCUGUCUCCUAGACCGCCCCGCCCCUCCUUCCUUCAGCCAUCGACAGUUUCCCCGGUAUCCGGUACGUCUAACGCGACUGCGUCUAUCUCACGCCUCUUCACCAAAGGGCGACACUCCUCAUCGACGCGCCCGCCCUCGCCGCCGCGCCAGUCUGUGCUCAAGAAUCGUUCCGCGCCUCCCACGCCGAUCAACGACGUUUCACACACGUCCACGCUUCUUGAUGUGCCUGAUAUGCUCAGUAUCUCGGGUCUCUUUAAUGGCAGCAUUCGCAGCGGCACGUCAUCCGGACGUUCGACACCAAAGCGCAUCUCGUUCGCGGAGCUGCCCGAGCCGUACUCAACAAAGUCGCGCGAACGGCGAAAAGGAAACGGAAAGGACGGAAAGGACAGUGCGAAGAGGAAAGGGAAGGAACGCGAGAAGGACGAGGGGACCGGCUGGUGGACGGGCUGGCUGCUGGGUGCGGCAGGCACUGGGAGUGGCUCGGGCUUGAGUUUGGCGGCAGUGCGGGAGGAGAGGACGAGAGGCUCGCCGUGGACUUCACGCCCGGUUUGGGAGGAAUGGGGCGCGUGA